AUGCUUCGUGGCCUGGGCCCGGAGCUUGGGGGGCUGUGGCGGGGAAUGAUGGAUGUCAGGGUGGAGUCGCAGAUCGAUGCUGACUCUCCCAACAUCAAGUGCUGCCACUGCGACAUGGUGGAGCUUUCCGUCGCGACCCUCCAGCAUCUCGUAGAUGCCGCGCACAGGGAGAGGUACUGCGACUCCGCAUUGCAGCGGUCACUGAAAAGGGAUGCCCACUUCAUUUGGUGUUCCAAGUGCCCAGGCGGCGGCUGGGUGGAUCCAUCGCAGCCAACAUCCAAGUGUGGUUGGAACUGCCCUUUGUGCGACAACAGCUUUGUCUACUGCCCCCUGUGUCGCAGGUCCUGUGUAGUGUCGCUUGCAGGGACCAUGGUAGCAUCAGCUGCAAGCGCUUCCAUCGGUUGCGCAAAGAGGCCCUGGCUGUUGACAGCCCUCGUUGCUUUCGAGGAUGGUGGCUGCAAUUACAUGGACUGCCCCAACUGCCGUCGCCACUUCUGCUGGAGCUGUGGCUAG